AUGACAAGUUAUUACAACCCCAGCUGCGAGCGGUAUAUUCAAAGGACCAAUGAUUCAACGUCUCACAGACUGAAAAAUGCUUACUGGACUACCAAACAAGCAGUUAUAAAGAAACUGCGUCGAAAGCAAGACGAAAACAUUGUAGCUUCCGACUCCGAUCUCGACGCAAAGUUGGAGCUGUUAAAAUCUGUUCAGUUGACAUGUCGAGAUCUUGACAAUGUGUUGGCACGUUAUCAGAGAACGUUGUGCUAUCUGUCUCAGGCUGAAAAUGAAAUGGGAAGAUUUCUAAAACAAUAUAGUUUAGAAGAUAGAACACAAGCUGGGAAGAUUAUGUCUGCUGUCGGAAAGGCGUUAAGUAGCUCAGCACAACAAAGACUUACUUUACUCAGUCCACUUGAUCGUGUUCAUCAAGAAGUCAAAACAUUCAGACAACAGGCAAUCAGUGAUACAACAAAUACAGUUAAAAUUAUGGAACAAGGUCGCACAGAAUAUCGAGGUGCAUUGUUAUGGAUGAAAAACGUAAGCGAAGAGUUGGACCCAGAUACAUACAAACAAUUGGAGAAGUUUCGGUGCGUUCAAGCACAGGUUCGUAAAGCAAAAGCAUCAUUCGAUCGCCUAAAAGUGGACAGUAUGCAAAAAAUAGAUCUGUUAGCAGCCAGUCGAUGUAAUAUGCUGAGUCAUGUACUUGUCGGCUAUCAGAAUACUUUGUUGACUUUUCUUGAAAAAACGUCUCAUAUGAUGGUAGCAGUAGCAGAAAGUUUCAGAGGUUACCAAUACUAUGAAUUUUCAAUUCUUCGGCAUUUGAGACCAGAAAGUCGUAAAUUGGCUGGAUAUAAGAGCGAUGAUGAGAAAGACAGCGAUAGGUUAGACAGUGGAUUUAACCAAGUUGGAUUAAAUGAUCCAGCAAUUAUGAAUUCUGAUGACAAUAACCAUGGAAUACAUCAAACAAAAUUAACAGAUGAAGAAGAAUUUGAUAAAAGAUUAGAUGAAAUUUUCCUAGAAAAUCAUUGUAAUAAUUUCGACUUUGAUUCAGAUCAAUUUAAAUCAUCAAGGAAUCAAACCAGUUUUGGUGGAACUGAAGACAACAAUAACAUUGGUGGUCUGAUUAAUGAAUCUAGUGAGCAAGUCCCUGCUGAUCAUAGAGAUUUGUUCACUGAUCUGUUUCUUAGUGAUGCAAAAGAUGAUAGAUUUGCUGGACACCUUUCUGGAGUGGAUACUCGUCCUUUCAAUUUCGGAAAUAAAGACGGAUUCACUAAUGAUUCGGAAGCUGUCUUUAGCGAUUUGAAUCAGCCUUGCCAAAACGCUGAUUUCGGACCGUUGCAGAGUGUAGGGUCAAAAGAUACAUUCAGGACAUCAAUACUUCCUUCACACUUAUUAGAACAGGAAUUCCAAAAUUUAUUCAACCCAGGCACUUCUAAUUUAAUUGGUACUCAAUCGAUGAAGUCAUCUUUGGAGUGUACUAACGUGAAUACUUCUGCAUUUAGUAAUAAUAACAACCAAUCCGAACAACAGUUAAAAAAAAGUGAAAACUCUCUGGGUACCAUUUCAAAUGCCCCAAAGUCAUUAUCAUCCCAACAGCCCACAAAUCUAGAUGCUUGGUUAAAUCUGUUUUCUGAUAUUGGACCAAUCGGUAAUCCAGAUACAAUAUCGAAAAAGGCUGGUCAAGUCACGGAUGCCUAG